AUGGACAACCAGCAGCUCUUUGGUUCCUCCUACGUGGACACGUCUUUCUUCGCGGCCAAUGGCACGGCGCAGCGGGAGAGUCAGCCGAAGGCUCGGCGCAGGCGGCGGAGGGCCGCGAGAUGCGGCGGAGGGGAUGGUAACGGCGGGGAGAUGGACGAAGGAGGGGACCCCAAGAAGCGGCGGCUCACCGAUGAGCAGGCGGAGAUGCUGGAGCUGAGCUUCCGGGAGGAGCGCAAGCUGGAGACUGGCCGGAAGGUGUAUCUGGCCGCCGAGCUCGGGCUCGACCCCAAGCAGGUCGCCGUGUGGUUCCAGAACCGCCGCGCGCGCCACAAGAGCAAGACGCUCGAGCAGGAGUUCGCCAGGCUCAAGCACGCCCACGACGCAGACAUCCUCCACAAAUGCCACCUCGAGAACGAGCUGCUGAGGCUGAAGGAGAAGCUGAGAGCGACUGAGGAGGAGGUGCAGCGCCUCAGGUCGGCAGCUGGGUGCCACGGGGCAUCCGCCGAUGGCGGAGACUCAGCUGGCGCCGUUAGCGUGUGCGGCGGGAGCCCGGGCUCGUUCUUCUCGACGGGAACCUGCCAGCAGCAUCCGGGUUUCAGCGGGGCAGACGUGCUGAGGCCGGACGAUGACCUGAUGAUGUGCGUCCCCGAGUGGUUUUUCGCAUGA